GAUCCGCCCUAUAGUGCCUCGGCUGCGGCAGCAAAAGCUUCCGCUGCUGCUGCUGCUGCGCGAGAGGUGGCGUCCAGGUGCCCGCCGCGUGAAUAUCGUGAGGCUGGGCAGCUGCUGCUUCACACGCCACCGCUGCCGGGCUGAAGCACGUCACUGGCUGGCAUAUCGGCGGUGGCAUGGGGCCGCUUGGCGGCUGGAUGAAUUGAAAGAAGCUCCAGAACAAAUCUCUCAGGAGCAGCUGCGAAGGGAGCUGGAACCCUACAAGAAGAGCACUUUCUGCAUCUGUGAGAUCGCGUGA